AUGGUCAAGUUUACAGACCUUAAAGACUUUGAAAGAGAGGCUGCAGCCAACAAGGAGUACUACAGGCUGCAGAGGGAGUUGCUGAAAAAGAAGUAUCCGACCAAACCCACAGCACCAUUCCGCAACGAAGAGGAGAAGAGACAAUACAAUGUCAUACGAAGCAAAGCUUUCGAGAAGUUAUGCUAUGAUGAGAACAGUGCACUUGGAGAGUUGCACGCCAGGAGGAGUCAACUGUUGAAGGAACUCAACAGUGAUCCAAAGGCCAUCAAGGCCAAGGAGAAGGCUUUGGCAAAGGCCAAGAAGAAGGCCCAGGCACAGGAACAGGCACUGGCAAAGGCUCAGGCCCAGACUCAGACAGUAGUGAUCACAAUGAAUCAUAUCAACAAGUGGCAUGAUUUCAAGAAGAAGGAGUUAAAGGGUAUUGUAUAUGGAAAGACCAAGAGGUUGAAUGACCAGUGUCCAUUUGUAAAGUCUGCCGCUGAGAUCAAGAACCUUCCAAAUGAGAGCCAUCGAGGACUGUCACGAACAGCCUACAACAAGAUACGAUCAGGCAAGUUGGACGAGAUCGAGGUCAAUCGAGCCAGGCUGGCGAACAAGAUCGAGGAGACAUAUGCUCAGAUGUGUAGCGAUCACAAUGCCAAGAGACCUGUGACCAUACCAGGACUGGCAAGGAUCUUGCCAGAACUUAUACCCGUGACGAUACCGGCACCAGUUGUUGCCAAGAAGUCAUUACCUGUACAAAAGUCAUUCACACAAUUCGGCCAAUCCCAUACUGCCGCAUCCAAGUUAUACCAAGCCCAAGAAGAUCCAGUCGAUUGUAUCGACUCAUCAUAUGAUUCAAUUGUAGACAUAUUCCUGGAGUGCAAACCAGAGAGAUUACCAUUCCUCAGCCAUAUUAUACAUGUAGAGAAGCAACAGAGCUUCACGAUUGAGCAGUACAAGCGAUAUAUUGUGCCACUGAUGUUUGAGGAACUCAAGUCACAGGUGGUCACUCAGUUCCAAGAGCAUGGCGCAGAGGUCAGCGACGCCAAUGGCGAGCUAAUCUUCAACUCGGCACUGAUGCGCGAGUCAUCACUCGAUAUGCAGGUCCAGUCACUGGUGGACAAUGACGGCCAAUCGGUCGCCCUGUCCUUCAGGGUCAAGAUCAAGAGUUUGGUGGACGAGAUCGUCUAUCAAGACCUGGUAAUGAUCACUGCUACCCACAUUGCCACGGGCGCCAAGCAGCGCGUACUUGCCUACAUCAGCAAGGUGUCCAAGCUCAUGUCCACCUCACUCAAUCAGUUCUGCACUGCCACCAUCCAAGAUACAAAGGAGCACUGCCAGAACUUUGUGCGACUGCUCUACGACAACAGACUCAAUGGUGCCAAGGCCUCGCUCAGCCUCAGUCUGUGCAAGGUCUCCAACUUUAUCACAUUCCAUCGCGAGCUCGUUGCCGUACACGGCCUCAGCAGCACUGUGCUGGCCAAGCAGAUCCUCACCCCAUCACUUGACCCUGGCCCCGCCAACAAGAAGUACACACUUAGCGAUGGCAUGGUCAAGGUGCUCAAGACCGUCUCCACUCUCAAUGACUCACAGUUCCAGGCAGUCGAGAAGUGCAUGGAAUCCAAGGGCAUCACCCUGAUCCAGGGUCCACCCGGCACGGGCAAGACCAAGACAAUCCUGGCAUUGCUGAGCGUGUUCCGCAACGUUGGUCCACUCAAGAUCUUGGUGUGCGCACCAUCCAACACAGCUGUUGACGAGAUUGGAGUACGUGUCCUCGAUCAGGGCCUGAUCAGUCAGACUGGCGAGGUUAUGCGUCCCAAGGUCGUACGUCUGGGCCAGCUCAAGGCGGUCAGUCCAGCGCUACACUCAAUCUGUCUGGAGCAGCUUCCCAAGCUCUCUGAAAAGAAACAGGCACUUCGCGACGCCAACAUUGUGCUGGGCACGCUGUCGGCCUCUGGCUCCAAGUCCUUGAAUGGCCAAAAGUUUGACUUGGUGAUCGUGGACGAGGCCACGCAGUCUGUGGAGCCAAGCUCUCUCAUUCCACUUACAAUGGGCGCGGGCAAGUUGAUCAUGAUUGGAGACACACGCCAGCUCCCGCCCACAGUCUUCUCGAUGAUAGCCGAUCGCUACGGCUACUCUGUCUCGCUGUUUGAGCGCCUGUCCGAGGUGUUCCCAACACACAUGCUCACGGUCCAAUACCGUAUGCACCCGCUCAUCUCUAGCUUCCCCUCGAUGACCUUCUACGGUGGCGAGGUCAAGGAUGGCAAGACCGAGGAGCAGUUCCAGCAGCCCUUCUACAAGGAUUCGUCGCGCUUUGGUCCAAUCAACUUCUACGACAUCCUUGACUCACGCGAGGAGGCAUGCGAGCGCUCACUGCGUAACAAGCUCGAGGUCGAGCUGGUGUUCCUGCUGAUCAAGCGUCUCGUCCACGACUACCCCGAGACCAAGAAGAUGAGCUUCGGAGUCAUCACUCCUUACAAGCUGCAGUUCCGCGAGCUGGAGGCCGCGCGCCGCAACGUAUUCAACGUCAAGGAUAUGGACAUCAAGGUGAACACAGUCGAUGGCUUUCAGGGAGGUGAGAAGGACAUCAUCAUCCUGUCGUGCGUGCGCCAGGACCGCAUCGGCUUCCUGAGCGACAGGCGCCGAAUGAACGUCGGAAUCACGCGUGCUCGAUUCGCCCACUUUGUCAUUGGACAUGGCGCGCUGCUGCAGAAGGACAAGCUGUGGGGCCCGUACAUCAACCACAUCAAGCGCAACUGCCAUGCAUACAACGUCAUCGACUCGAAGGGUAUCCGCACGAUGGGCGAGAUCGUCAAGCACAACGACAUCAACAACCCCGAGGGUCUCAUCACCGAGCAUGAUCGCGAGUUGGACAACCUUGAACAGAAGAUGAUUGAGGAGGAGCAGCACGCAAUCAAUGAAGUCUACGGUGACGACGAUGACGACUCAUCCGACGAGUCUGGCGACGACAAUGACACAGUCAACCAGGACAUUAGCGUGCUCCUGGCCAAGAUGACCCUUGGCUCCAACUCCAAGUCCAACUACAAUGACCUGUUGGACAACACACAUCGAUGCCUAGACCACAUCAAGAGAGCGAGGAAAGACGAGUCCGACGUCGAUGCCAAGAGGCGCCAGAUGAAGCAGAUGCGUAGCGUUGUCAAGGAGCAUGUACUCAAGCUCGAGCGCAUACUUGUCAACCCCAACACAAAUGGCGCGACCAUCUCCACCACCCUGAGUGACGAGCUCAUGGCCCUGUACACCUCCAGUCUGUCCCCCAAGAACACCGCCAUGAAACAAAAGGCGCUGACCGCACUCGAGAAGCUCCUGCAGCAGAACUUCAAGGGCUGCUCAGUCACCGCGUACGGCUCAUUCGUCAGUGGCAUCCAACUGCACGACAGCGACAUCGAUGUGUGCAUGUCGUACAAGCACAACGACGUCGACAAGGACCUGAUGCGCCGUGUGGCACUCGUCCUGCUCAAGGCCGGCUACAAGGUGGACAAGCUGAUUGGCAAUGCGCGUGUGCCCAUCAUCCGGUUCAAGUCGCCCGACCUCCAGGUGCCCUUUGACUUGUGCUUCAACAACAUGAACGCUGUGACCAACUCCCUGCUGAUCCGCUCGUACACCGAGCAGGACAAGCGCGUCAAGCCACUCAUCAUCUUGAUCAAAUACUGGGCCGCGCAAAAGAACAUCAACGACACGCUCAACAACACGCUGUCGUCGUACUCCUAUGCCAACAUGGUGAUCCACUACCUGCAGACGUGCCAGCCACCUGUCCUCCCCAACCUGCAGGACAAGGCGCGCGACAAGACACCCAAGGUCAGCAACACGCAGUCGCUCGGACAGCUCUUCUACGGCUUCUUCCAAUACUUUAGCUCAUUCGACUUUAAGAAGCAAUUGAUUGCCAUUAGACAUGGCAAGGAGAUGUCGGUGCGCAUGGCCACGUUGGAGUACUUGGACACAUUCAAACACUCGCACAUCUGCAUUGAGGAUCCGAUCGAUCACAAGCACAACCCUGCCGGCAGUGUCAACAAACGAUCAUUCCCGACCAUCCUCUACGAGAUCCGUAUCAUGGAGCACAACAUGCGUACCAACCCAUCCAGCUCAGCACAUUCACUUCUCUCCAAGUCUGAUCUUCAGUCCAUUCUUAUGAAUUAG